CUCAAGUGUGUUCCCUCGAGCAGCCUACGGGCCAGAACUAUAUAUACCUUUGGCAGCUGUGCGAUAGCGGCCCGCUGUCCGCCGUACCGUUGAUGGAAAGAUGGGCCGGAAGAAGAACAAGCAGAAUGAAGAGUCGCAACAACUCCCUCCAGCUCCCAUUGAGGAGCCGAAGGGAAAGGAACCUGAAAGAUAUGACUCCUCUUCUGAUUUGGAGACGGAGCCCAAACACCACGACCUUGAUCCUGACAUCCAACAGCUUGCGUACACCUUCAAAAUCGAUGCUGGCCUCACGCAGAAGCUGAAUGACAUCAUGAUUGAGAAGAGGAUGAACACGUGGGAGCAGGACUUGGAGCGGCUGUAUGAGAUCCUCAAGGACGCACAUACCCCUGCGGCAAUGUUGAACUUGAAAGUGAAAGACAUGCAGAAGGGCACCUUUGUCGGGAAGGCGAAGUGUGGCCCUCGUGUUCGAGAGCUUGCCCGGAGGCACAAGCUUGACAAAGGGGCUGCAACCAAACUGGAGGAGGCCAUGUCAAUGCGGGAGGCUAUGGGCAAAGAUGUUGAGAAGGACAUCGUUUUGUUGGAUGAGCACCUCACGGCCUCCAAUAAGCCUUCAGCCUUGGUAAGCAUGAAGCUUGAAAGCUUGCGCAAAGGCUACAAUAUAGGGCAUUGCAUCUACAGCCGUGAGCCUGUCAUGGGCAACACAGGGCCAGGAGUAGAUGGAGUUGUUGACAAGAAACGUCAUGUGAAGGUCCUGGGCUACACCGAUGCAGACCUAAGCAGUCGAUUUGCAGCCUCAGAUGGCAAGUCUGAGCAGCUAAUGGACGAAGCCACGGUGCGAAAGCUAAUGGCAGCAGAAAAGAGCCGAGUAUUGGGUGGAAGCGGCAAACAGAAGAAUGAGGCAAGCCAGAAGUCUUCGGGCAAUGCCAAAGAGAAAGACCAAAAGCGCAAGCGGAGCCGCAGCAAGCGUAGCCGCAAGCGCAGUAGCAGCAGCCGCAGCCGUAGUCGCCGCAAGUGUCGCCGAAGCAGCUCCAGCUCUAGACGACGUAGUUCAAGCAGCUCUCAAAGCAGACCCAAAAAAAAGAAACUUAAUAAAAGCCAAAAGGAUCAAAAGCAAAAAUCGAAGGAGAAAAAAGAAAAGGAUGAAAAAGACAAAGAUGAUGAGAAGGUGAAGGAAAAGGACAAAGCAAAAGACAAGGAGAAGAAAAAAGAGGCGCCAUGAGGCUUACCUUCUCCACUUAGCUUCACAGCGUUUCACACCAAACAUGGCUGGCUGGCUUUGAUGCUGGGGCAGAUUUGUUGUUUUUUUUGCUAGGCAAGUUGAGGGGCUGACACUCAGUUCAGGGUUCAUGACGGGCCUGCACAGCAAAAAGACAGACACCCUGUGAAUACCUCAGCACGUUGCAGACGGAGUGCCACGUGCA